AUAAAUAAAUAAGAGAAGCUACCGUUGAUUCUGAGAUCCUUCACUAGGAGCUGAUUCUAAGAAUGCUGGAAUUCCGUGGUGCUGGAGUUCUAGAAGUUCCGGUCUUUAUAAAACAGCCCUGUGUGAACGCUCAUCAUCAUCACGGCCUUUUAGAAGAAAAUUACAGGUCGGAUAGGAGUUCUGAGAGAGAGAUGAGUGCAGCCAUGACACUGUGCGGUGUGCUGAACAAGAUGCGGUUGAAGGAGGAGCUAUGUGACGUGGUCCUCAGAGUGGACGAGGUGGAAUUCAAGGUCCAUAAGAUCAUCCUCUGUGCGCGCAGCCCGUAUUUCCGAGCCCUGUUCACGAAAGGGAGCAGCUCGGAGCAGAAGGUGUACACCAUGACGAAUGUAUCUCCGGACAUCAUGGAGCUUAUAAUCCACUACAUCUACACCAAGGAGAUUCGAGUCACCACUGAUAACGUGCAGGCUCUGUUGGUCAUGGCCGAUUACCUGUUCAUGCGAGACCUUGUUCGUGACUGUUGUGACUUCCAGAAAGCACAUCUCAGCCCAGAAAACUGCUUAGGGAUUUGGCAGUACGCCGACGUUCACUCGUACAACGUGCUGCAGGAUCAUUCCUACAGCUACUUGUUGCAUGUCACGGCCUGGACAUGAAUAUCGUCUGCGGUGCGUUGAGCUGCUAUGUGAUAUCCGGGCUUCCUGACGUACACCGUCGCGUACGAUGACCUUCUCUAGACGUGGAGCUUUUAAAAACGCUAUUAAACUACAUCCCAUUGGCAGAA